AUGGGUGAAUCAAAUAAUAUUCUUCCAUUUAUUUAUAAUCAACCAAUUGAAAUUGAUAAGGAAUUAGAAUGUUCAAUUUGUCUUUUACCUCUCUUCGAACCAGUUGUCGAACAAAAUUGUGGGUCAAUGUUUUGUAAUCAAUGUUUACUUAAUAAUUUUAAUAUUGGUAAAAAUAAUUGUCCAUCUUGUAAACAAAUUAUAAACAAAAAUAAAUUAUCAAAUCCACCCAAAAUCAUUACAAACAAAUUAGAUGAAUUAUUGGUUUAUUGUAUUCAAUGUAAAGAUAAUUAUCCAGAAAAUGAAAUUAAAUAUAUGACCCGUUUAUAUUUUAUUAAAAAUCAUUCCGAAUUUGAAUGUAAAACUAAUGAAUGUGAAUGUCAAAUAAUUUCAACAACUUCUAAAUUAACAUUAAAUAAUGAUUUAAUCACAUCACCAACAAAUCUAAAAUUAUAUACUAAAAUAGAACUAAAACAUCAUAAAGAUAAUGAAUGUAUAUUAUCAAGUUCUAAUUGCAGUGCCAAUAAUGUUUCAUGUCCUUGGAAUGGUCAUUUAAAAGAUAAAGAUAAUCAUGAAUCAACAUGUAGCUACAUAUCAUUAAAACCACAUUUAUUAUCACUUCAAUCUAAAAUAUCCCAAUUAGAAUCUGAAAAAACAAAUAGUAUACAAUAUCAAAAUUUCUUAGAGACUCAAAUUAAUCAAUUAGAAUCAAAACUCUCAUUCCCAAUUUCUCCUCCAAAAUAUUUAUAUGGUCGUUUUAUUAAAUAUCAACAACAACUAUUAGAUUAUCAACAACAGCAAUAUCAACAACAACAACAAUAUCAACAUCCACCACAACAACAGGUAUUAACACCAUAUAAUAAAAAUAAUAAAAUAUUUGAAUUUAGUGAAAAUAGUUUUAAAUAUGUAAAUGGAGUUGAAAUUAUUAAAAAUAAAACCAAAUCAAUUUCAUUAGGAAGUGAUUUUAAUGGUGAAUGGCCAAAGUUAAAUGAAUGGUUAAUAAAUACAGAAGUUGAUACAAUAAUAUUAUUGGAUGGAUUUAGACAUGAAAUCCAUGUCCCAAUAUCAAUUAAAACUCUUCAUAUUGGUAAUAUAGUUGUUUUUGGACCAAUUACAACCUAUGGUGCUUCUCUGACUGAAUUACAUCUUCAUGAUGGUUGUUCAAUUAAAUUAGAUUAUAAUCAAUUACCAAAAACAGUAUCAACUUUACAUAUAUAUAAUAUUAAUAACCCAUAUUCAUCACCAUCAUCAUCAUUAUCAUCAUUUGUUAAACCAAUGAAUCAAAAACUACAACAACAAUCAAGUAAAAUUUCAAUUUUACAUUUACAUGAUGGAUUUUCAAUUGAAGGUUGUCAAAUUCCAAAUUCAUUAAGAGAAUUACAUCUUUACGAUAUUAAAGUUCUAUCAAUAAAAACACCAAUUAAUUUAUUAGAAUUAUUCCUUCAUGAUGGUUUUAAUUUACCGUUGGAAAAUGUAUUGUCAAAAAAUAUAACAGACCUUCAUUUAUUCAAUAUUAAAUCAAAUAUAUCAUCAACACCACCAAUGAUUGGUAGUAGUGUUAAAAAUUUAUUUUUACGUGAUGGUUUUAAUCAAGAUAUUUAUAUUCCACCAACUGUUAAAUGGCUUUGUUUAUUUAAUACUCAAAGACCAAUUAAUAUACCAAAAACAAUUAAAAAAAUUUAUCUUCAAAAUUAUAAUUUUCCUCGUAAUAAUUUUCCAAAUGGUGUAAAGGUUUAUGAACAAAAUCCAAUGAAUAAUAAUAAUAAUAAUAAUAAUAAUAAUAAUAAUAAUAAUAAUAAUAAUAAAUAA